AUGGAGAAUCCAUCCACUUCACAGGCACCAGAAGGUCUCGAAACAGAGAACAACACUAAGACUUUUGAGAGCCAAGGCGUCCGCGUCGCAGUUGAGGGAUGCGGUCAUGGAACUCUCAAUGCCAUUUACGCAAGUGUCGAAACAGCUUGCAAAGCUAGAGGAUGGGAAGGCGUAGAUUUGCUCAUCAUUGGUGGUGACUUUCAGGCUACCCGCAACGCAGCAGACCUGAGUGUGAUGUCUGUGCCUCUCAAGUACCGCAAGCUUGGCGACUUCCAUGAGUACUAUAGCGGUGCUAGAACUGCGCCAUACCUCACCAUCUUCGUGGCUGGAAACCACGAAGCGAGUAGCUAUCUAUGGGAGCUCUACUAUGGCGGCUGGGUCGCGCCCAACAUCUACUACAUGGGCGCCGCCAACGUCCUCCGUCUUGGGCCUCUACGUAUCGCGGGCAUGAGCGGCAUCUGGAAGGGUUUCGACUACCGCAAGCCGCAUCAUGAGCGUCUUCCCUUCAGCAGGGACGACAUCAAGUCUUUCUACCACGUGCGUGAGGUAGACGUGCGCAAGCUGCUGCAGGUACGGACGCAGGUGGACGUGGGUAUCAGCCACGACUGGCCUCGGGCAGUCGAGCGUCACGGCGACGACAAGCGGCUCUUCAGCAUGAAACCAGCAUUCAGACAAGAGUCCUUAGAUGGGACGCUGGGCAACCCGGCUGCAGAGUACGUCAUGGAUAGGUUGCGGCCUGCUCACUGGUUCUCGGCACAUAUGCAUUGCAAGUUCGCGGCGAUCAAGACUUAUCCGCCUCCGGAGGCGCCAUCCACAUCCGAGGCCCCGGUUGUUGAACAGCCAGCCUCUGCCGUUGAGACGGGAACAGCCCAAGAGGCCAACCCUGACGAGAUUGAUUUGGAUAUGGAUGAUGAAGAGGUCACACUAGUGGCACAGGACGGUAACAACUCAGUCUCUGCGAGCAAAGCUCCUGAGGCUGGGAACGGAGUAUCUGAGGAGCUUCGUGCUCAACUACCCGCAUCCUUUGUACAGCCGAAGAAGCAAGAAAAGAAAACCCCAGGUCAACCAGUUCCUGCUACCAUCACCAACACAACCGUCCGCUUCCUUGCGCUAGACAAGUGUCUUCCAGGACGAAAGUUUCUGCAGGUAUGCGACCUCGAGCCCCUCGAUCCUACGCAGCUCGCACAGCAUCCGCCAUCCUCUGGCUCUCCGCGCUACAAACUACAAUACGAUCCCGAAUGGCUAGCAAUCACCCGCGCCUUGGCCAAGGAGCUCAUCAUCGGUGACCGGACAGCACAAACACCCCCUGAUCUAGGAGAGGAGCAAUACCUACCUCUAAUCGAGACCGAGCGGGCAUGGGUGGACGAGCACAUCGUCCAGAGGGGCAAGCUCGAGGUGCCGGAGAACUUUGUGAUCACGGCGCCGCCUCACGUGCCCGGGGAUCCCGAAUCAGUCGAGGAUCAGCCAGAUGAGUAUACAAAUCCCCAGACGGAGGCGUUCUGCUCGCUUGUGGGAGUGCCGAAUCUGUGGGAUGCGAGCACAGCCGAGAGGGAGGAACGCAAGAUGCAAGGGCCGCCUGCUGAGACCAUGACAAAUAGAGGAGGCUUCGGUGGCCGUGGGCGAGGUGGACAUGGGAGAGGCGGCGGCAGAGGUCGGGGUGGAGGAAGGGGAAGAGGUCGUGGAUGGCGCUGA